AAUAUAUUUCCUAUAGACUUGUGCAUAAAUUUCCAGUAAUACACAGUACUUCUCAGCGAACUUUGAGUGUCUCAGCUUCGAUUUGGCCUCUGCACGUAUACAGAAUCACAUGUACAAUCGCUCUGGCGCAAAGGUAAAAAAUGUCAUUGGAGUUUAUAUCUAACCAAAAGCUUUCCCUCUGAAGAAGAAAUAUUUUCUCUAGCAUGGUGUAGAAUUCGGUCCGUAACAUAUGUAAAGUGCUUAGGCCCAUGCCAUGCGCUGUAUUAGGGUCAGGGAAGUGCAGAUGUCAUGGUACAGAAGUCUUGGUGGGUCGCUGUCCUCCACGAGUUUACAUUAUGCGGAACAUAAAAGUUUCCCCUUUGGGAGUUUUCACCCAGCAACACCAAAUGCCCCGUAAAUAAUGUUCAAUGAAAGCCCCGCAUUUUCCCCCCUAAUCCCUGAAAACAGUGUCGUUUUCCGAGAUCUCUUCGCCCUGGAAACUGAAAUCACUGCGGGAUCUCUCUCUCUGAAUAUUUUGACAGUUCUCUCGGAUGCAGCCAAAGGACUACUGGCUUGCUCUUCCCUGCAGUGGAGGGAUGACAGUGACCCCCAACAGUUUCCAGCGCUUAAAGCACAAAGCGCAGCCUGAACCCUCAGGUGGCAGACAACUUACGGCUUCUACCGCCCUUCUCUUGCAGAACCUAAAGAAGCUGAGGCGUCUGGGUGAGACCCGGCGACGCGAACACCACACAGUCCUGGGCGCUCAGUCCUAACCCCACCAGCGGUGCAGCGAGAAGUCGAAGCCCGCAAGUCCAGGUACGAGGGCUGGUUAGCGCGCGCCGCUGCUACACUACAAGGACCGGCGUGCACCGCGCCGCCGCGGCAAGCUCCGCUUCGGGAUACUGGCGCAAUGGAGCCUGGGAAGUGAAGUCCCCGGGCGGCCGGAGGCGCGUCGCGAAGGCAGGAGGGCGGUGUUGCUAGUACGCUCCAUUUGCACGCGGGUUUCUGGCCGGGCUCCGUUCCUCUUGCUCCCGCUCAAGGUUUUCGCGGGCGGCGGGAGCAGUAUGGCUCUCUUGAGUAAACUCAGGAGGGAGCGGGGGAGGGGGAGAGGAGAGUGGAUGGGGAGGCGGGGUCAGCGGAAGCGGCAGGUUGCUUCCUUCUCCUCACGCUCCCUCCCCUCCUCUCCCGGAGGGAGCAGUGGGAGGGGGAGAAAAGGGCCGAGGGAAGGUAGUGACACGUGUCAAUCAACCCCCCCCUCCGGGGGGCGCGCGCUCCGGGGCUCGCGCCGAGGGCUCGCGCCCCUGCCUCGUGCCUGCGCCGCUCGUAUGUAAAUGAGGGCGCGUGACGCGGGACGCAGAUGGACAAGGGAAGAGAGAGAAUGGCCGCUGCCGCCGCCGCCGCCGCUCAGUGCCGGAGCCCUCGGUGCGCGGCGGAGAGGAGAGGAUUCCGGCGGGAACUCGACUCUUGGCGUCACCGCCUCAUGCACUGUGUAGGUUUUGAGAGUAUUUUAGAAGGGCUUUAUGGACCACGGCUAAGAAGAGACCUCAGUUUAUUUGAAGACUGUGAACCAGAAGAGCUGACUGACUGGUCUAUGGAUGAAAAAUGUUCAUUUUGUAACCUACAGAGAGAAGCAGUCAGUGAUUGUAUGCCAUCUCUUGAUUCAUCACAGUCAACACCAACGGAGGAACUAUCAUCUCAGGGCCAGUCCAACACUGAAAAGAUUGAAUGCCAAGCAGAAAAUUACCUAAAUGCACUCUUUCGAAAGAAAGAUCUUCCUCAGAACUGUGAUCCUAACAUUCCCCUAGUUGCUCAGGAAUUAAUGAAAAAGAUGAUACGUCAGUUUGCAAUUGAGUAUAUUUCAAAAAGUGGUAAAAUUCAAGAGAAUAGAAAUGGUUCAAUUGGACCAAGUCUAAUAUGUAAAAGUAUCCAAAUGAAUCAAGCAGAAAACUCCCUUCAGGAAGAGCAGGAAGGCCCCUUAGAUCUCACUGUGAACCGAACGCAAGAACAAAAUACUCAGCAAGGGGAUGGAGUGUUAGAUCUCUCUACAAAGAAAACCAGCAUAAAAUCUGAAGAGUCAUCCAUAUGUGAUCCUUCUUCUGAAAAUUCAAUGGCUGGUUCAACUGUUGAUGCAAAAUCAGAGGAAGCUACUAAAAUGGAAAAAGGAAAAUCAGCAUUAAGCAAAAUUUUGGAAUCUUUGUGCAUACAUCACCAGCAACAAGUUUUGGCUAUGUUGAAAUUUCUAGUCCAAGAGCAGAAUGCUGCUUCUCUUUGUUUUUGUAAUACAUCAUAUGCUGUGUCUUCAGAAACUCAAAAGCCCCUAACUGAAGAUGAUUUACAUGGUCUAUUCUGUAAUUGUGAAUAUAGGCUGGCAGAAAGAGGGUGUUUACAAAAUGAAAGAGACAGCUCUGGUUUUGUGCCUCUGCCAGUCUGUAUUAAAGAUUUACAUUGUUUAUCUUGCCAAACUGUAACUGUUGAACACAUUAAGACAGUAGUGAAUAGAGGAACUGCGAACAGUUAUAAUUCUCACGGGUGCUGUUCUGGACUGUUACCAAACAUUGACUCCACAAAAUUGGCCUUUCACACUCCGCUUCCAUCAAGAGAAAUACGUGAUGUUACAGUCAGCCUUAAAGACGUUUGUAGAUCUCGAAGCCCCUCACCACCACCAUUGUCACCAGUACAGACUGAAGGAUUUGAAAAACUGAAAGACGUCAUCUCAGAGCUUUCAGCCCUAGAAAAUAACAGACUUGAAGCAAACAUUACGCAGCCUCCAUCUCUCACACCAGCAGAAAUAAGCAGUGACAAGUGUGAUCACGAAGAGUAUAAAACUACAAAAUCCAGUAAUUCUGAAUCUUUGCUCUUGGAAGACAGCAAUAAUGGUACUACAAAUCAUGAGAAAGGUGAAACUGCUGUAAUUUUUCAAGAUUUAAUGGAUCGUAUUAAUGAAAAAUUAAAAUCAAUAGAAACUACAGAUAUGACAAACCUUAUAAAAUUAUCUAGCAGUGAUUGUAAUACAGAUAAUGAUUUUAAAUUGAGAGAUUUAAUAACCUCCCUCUUGCAUAAUGCCAAGUCCAGUGAUUAUAGUUUUAUGGAAUUACUCAGUCAAUAUGAUAAAAAGGUAGAAAAUAAAAUUCAGACAAGAUUUCAAAAGCGUCAAGAAACCUUAUUUGCAAUGCACAGCUCUUCUGAUUCUCCCAUGUUUAGAAGGCAGUCUUUACAGAUAAAAAGAGAACUUGCUAGUCUUGAUGAAAAUUUGAUAAGAAAAAAAUACACUGAAAAAAAUUCAAGGAAAUUGAUGCGCAAUGAUGAGAUAUUUUCAAUGGACAAAGAAGAAUUCUAUCAUUGUCAAGGGCCUUCUUUACAAAACCCUAAAAGCCUUCAAGAUAAUCAUACAGAAACAUUGUUUUCACCAGAUUAUGCAGCACAGUCAUUGCAACUACCUCUUCAUAGUUUAGAAACUAACUUGGCUUCAGAUGCAUUUUCAGAAAGCUUUAAAACAACUUCCCUGGAGAAAAUGAGCAUAAAAUCACAAGAGAAAUCUGCAGCUGGAAAAAUUUUUUUGCAAAAUUGUAAGGAGAAUCCAAACUUAGAGAAUAUUCAAACUCCUUUGAAAAGUGAUGUUCCUGGACUUUUGAGCAGAACGAAACGAAAUAUUGUGCCUCCAGGGUGGUACUCUAUAUAUGUAACAAAUAAUUAUGUUUUCAAAAAAUCACCUAAGGCCAAAAAAGUUUCUGAAUCUACAAAAAAAAAAGAUCCAGUGAAAAACACUCACAUUGAAAGCUCACACAAUAUAGACCUAAACAAAAUUGCAAUGAAUUCUAACUUACAAGUUGUUGUGGAGCGUUUGGAAGAUACAAUAAAUAUGGCCAAAAAGUCUUGGAAUAAUCAGUCAUUACCAGAAGGAUAUAAAGCAUCCAAGAAGUUGAUAGAAAUUGAUAAUAAGGAUCAAAGUGUUGGUAAAAAUAUGACUCUUACUGUAAGCAAAAUGACAUGCAAAGAACAGAGUUUAUCUAAAGCUGUGGUAGCAUCCAGCAAUACCAAAAGCAAUCCUAUACUUACAAUAGGUUUGGAUAGUAAAAAACUUGAUAACAUGGAAAAGUUAGAUACGGGUAGCUUGAUUUCCAGUGUUCAGAAUGUAUCAACAAAAUAUGAAGCCAUUGAAAGGUGUUCUUUUUCCAACUAUUCUAGUCCUAUCAAACUCAUGUUUUUAUCUGAGGUUAAAAGCAGUGAAGGAGUGAAAUAUACUUUAACUUCAGUUGGUACUUCCAAAUCAAGUAUUGAUAUUCCUUCUGAAAAAUGUCCAUCCCAAACCCAUCAUGUAACUGAAAUAAAAGGAAAAACAAGUGAGGAUAUCCCAAAUGAUAACUUUGAAAAUUAUAGUUCUAAUCUUAGUGAUAGUGACUCUCUUCAAAGAGAACUAAACAAAUUUAAUUGUGCAAAAGAAUCUUCAGAAUCCUCUGCAGUGUUUAUGGAUGAUACGAAUAUUGAUAAGCCACAAGAAGAACCUAAGGAAAAUUCAAGCAGUGCUAUUGAUUCAUCUUUUAAAAGAAAACCAGGUAGACCUAAAAAAAUAGGUCCCCAGGUUGUGAAACAGAUUAAGCGACCAAUUGGAAGACCACCCAAAUCUAAAAGUGAUCAAACAGAUGUCACCAUUUGCAGAAAUGAGUCCUGUAGUGAUGAAAAGAAAAGCCCAGAAUCUCUCAUGUCAGAAAUUAAAGAAGGUAUUUACAAAAAGACUAUUACAGUAACUGUUUUUUAUGGAAGGUCAAGAAGAACCAAAAGACAUGUUUCUGAAGGAAGUGUAAACAUAAGCAAUGUUAUGUCUUUAAACAAUAAUGUCACUGACUUUCCAACGGGAUAUGAUAAUCUCAGUAGAGAGCACAAAAUUGACUUUGGUGAGAGAAUCAGUGCUGUUUCAAAUUUGACUACGGCAAGUGCAGUCUUGGGGUGUGGCUUUGAAUAUGUGAGACCUAUCAAGAACAAGUCUGUGACACCUCAGCCUUCCAAGAACAUUAUUCGACCAAAUCAGAAGCCUUUGGCAAUAGUUAGGAAGCCUGGUAGACCUGCAAAAGUGAAAAUUUCUGGCAUAUCUGUGACUAUUAAUAGAAUUUCACCUCAGGAGAGAGAAGUAAGUAUUAGCAGCUGCUUACCUCCUUUAGAACAAGAGAAUAUAUUAGAAAAAAGUCCAAAUGACGAAGAGUAUGAUCACCAGUGCAAUAAGGUGGAUACAAGGCACACUGAGGCUGACAUAGUUAAGAAUGGAUCAAAAAGUAUGGUUGCUACUAUACCUUUGAGACAUUCAAUUAAGGAUAGAAAACCAUCUCUGCAUUUCUUACAUCCAUUAGCAUCUUCUAGCUCAUUUAUUUAUCAAAAUGCUGUGCUCCAUAAAUCAUAUAAACUCCAUUUGCAGAAAGGUAAAAGUCAGAAGGAAAAGCAUAGGCAGUCAAGAAUAGAAAUAGCUUCCAAAGAUAUUCCAGGAGGUAGAAAUUCAAGGAAUGCAAAAAAGUUUUUGGACGAUAACAAAUUAAUACCCAUUUCUGAAGUAUCCUUGGACCCGGUAAUUUCAUCAAACCCUCUGCUCAGGUGGUGGGCUCCUUCUACUUCAAAUGAUUCCUUACUAAAGGAAUUAAACAAUAGAUUUGAGCAAAUAACAAAUGCUUGGGUGCAAGUGAGUGGAGAUGAAGCUGAAAACUGUGUCCAUAAAAAAAGAGAACACAUUGAAAAUGAUAAUUUCAAAAUAGCAAACCCUUUGGAAACUUGUCUUUUAGAACUUGAAGUUUCACCUGUAAAAAUGCUUUUUCGGAAAAAAUGUGAUUUGAAUGAACUCUGUAUCUGGUUCAUGCAAACGACAGAAACACAGUCUCUUUCACUAGUUAGAAAAGCAAAUGCUCGAAACCCUUUGGAAGUAAUAAAUACCAGAGGAAUUAGAUUAGGGACCAAAUAUUCUGACUUUAAUACCAGCCCCUUCAGAAAGCACUUUAAAAAAUUUGCACUAUCUUCUCCUUCAAAAUCAGCAGGGAAGCUGCAUAUACUGCAUAAAAUGGUUAACUCUCCACUCCUAAAUGUGAAAAGUAAUUUAACAAUAGACAGAUUAAAAAGAACUGAGUUUAAGAGAUUGCCACAUAAAAGGUGGAGAAGAGAGGGAAAGCUGCACCAUGGAACAGUUGACUGGAUCUCUAAAAGGAGGAACUUACGAUUUUUCUACCAGAACCAAUUUUUAAAUAAGACUGAGGGGGGAGCAAAUGCUGACAUCCCACUCCAAGGAAAAAACACAGUAGAUAAUCAGUCUAUUUUGUCACCUGAGAUCAGGGGUGAUUUUUUGCAACACAGGGUGGCAAUGUCUGACUUCAAAACACGGACUAGUUUAGGGAAUAAAUGUAAAUCAGAAGCAAAAGAGAAUGGUACAAAUUGCAGCCAAAAAGAUUUUGAAAAGGGAUCAAGACUAGGAAAUGUAUGUCCAAAUAACUGGAGGUCAAAAACCUUAAAAGAUUGUAGAAUAUUUUUGAGAAAGAUCAACUAUCUUGAACACAGAAAUACUUUUAAGGUAAAUACAAUAAUUUACUCUCCUGAAUCUAUUGACAGUGGAAGGAAUCAUCAAACUCAUGUAGAAGAAACAAGGCGCUUUACCUUAAGAUCCCAUUCUGCUAGGCAAAAUUGUUUUAAAAAGCAAUCUAAAGAAAUAGAAAACGCUAAAGCAAAUAGUCUUUCAACCAAUAAAUUUCCCAACCACCUUGACAAUAGUAAAUUAAAUAAAUGUAUUAACUAUGACAAGAAUCCUUCUGAUAGUUCUCAAGUUCUUAACAAAUUGAACAAAAGAAAAAGACCACCAUGGAAGACCACAGAAAUGUCAACAAAAAGACAUAAACGACAGUCUUGCAACAAUGGACAAAUGGCAAACUAUUAUUCAAAAUCCCAACUAGGUAAGUUUUUCUCUCCUUAAUUUUAAAGUUUCAUUGUAGGUGCCUUGAGUAAAGUAUGAGAUAAUGGGUAGAAAAGGAACAGCUGACUUAGUUUUAUUUCCAAAAUAUUUGGACAACCUAAUUUCUUGGCACCUAGUAUGAAACUCAUGAGAUUAGGUGCUGCUAAGUGUACCAGUGCACUUCCCCACAUCUUAUUGUGCCCAGGAUUUCAAGCAAAUCAAAAUAUAUUUAGUAGACACAUGGAAGGAUUUUGAACAUAUAUCAUCAAUAUAAAAGUUAUAUUACCUACUACUGCAUUUGAUAGAUCUAAUAUAAAAUACAGAAAACAGUUUGACAGAUAAAUAUGCCCAAGCAACUAAAAAUUAACUUCCAUGCUACAGGAUAACAUAUACUUACUGUCUAGAUAAAUUAGUAACUUUGAGACCAAGUGGAAAGAAGACUGUCUACUUGCUCGAUUGAUAAAGACUGUAACAAUAUAUAACAGUCUUAGGAUAUCAGUCUCACUUUCACCAUUAUUAUGCCCUUUGCUACUGCUUUGGGAAUCACUUUAAGACUCUGCUUAUUUAAAAAGUGUCAAGAAACAAGAUACUUUUUCUUCAGUAAGUCAACAAACUUGUUAAUAGUUUUCAUAUCAGACACUGACCUAGAUUCCACGGAUACAAAGAUGAGGAUUUUUUUUUCCAGAGAUAAUCCAUACCCUACCAGGGGAGAAAAUCAUAUAAAGGUAAUUUUAAGAUAAUGCUAAGUUCAAUGCAAACCUAAAUCACUUUAGCAAGUAAUUAUUUGUGCUUUGCUCAAUUAUACUACCUGAUUGGUGCCUCAGGAACACUGUUACCCAUAGAACCCAGCAAAAAUAAUAUAUGAACACUAGUUGUCAACCUAGCCAGCUUCAGCUCUGUUAAUUGAUGGAGGCUAGACAAUUCAGACUUUGUAGGAGUGUGGUGGUGCUUAUUGGUUACUUCCUUGAUCUGAAAGAAUGCAAGGUUACCUUUGGCAAUCUAAGAAUGCUUUAUCACAUGGUUGCAUUGUUCCUUCGUAUAUUUUAAGGGAGUUUGGGGGAGAGUUGGGAAAGGUAUUGGUGGUUUUAAUUUUUGUUAUUUUUUAAAAACAUUUUUAAAAUAAAAUUCUAUUAGGCCUUAUAUUAAAAUAUUUAAAGCAGUAAUUAAACUUGAGUUUUAAUAGGUCAGAUUAUUAUGGCCCCCAAAAUUAAAUUAUUUAACUGAAUAACUUUAAAAUACCUAUUUCAGUAAUACCUAACAUGCAGUGAUUAAAAAUUUUAACAUGCAAUGACUAAAAUUUUAUAGGUGGUCAAAUUAGUUCCCAUUACAAAAGAUGAAUCAAAUCUAAAAAUAAUGCCCUUUGUUUCUUGCCCUGCUAAUAACUAAAAAUAACAUUAUAACAAAUAGUAUGUCAAGAAAAAAGAGGAAAGAAGCCUGCAUGUGAUUUAGGAAAAAAAA